GCACGUCCUGAAGAACAUGAACCACACAGAUCUCGCUAACACACUGCACAACAAACUCGUCUCUGUGUGUCAGACAAAGUUAAAGUCCAAUCUGAGAGAGAAGUUUAAAAGAAUUAAUGAAGGAAUCUCACAGCAUGGAAGCUCAGCACUUCUGAAUGAGAUCUACACUGAGCUCUACAUCACAGAGGGUUGGAGUGGAGACAUCAAUAAUGAACAUGAGGUGAGACAGAUUGAGGCAGCGUCCAGGAGACCAGCAACACAGGAGAAACCCAUCAAAUGUAAUGAGCUCUUUAAAGACAAGUCCAUCAGAACUGUGCUGACUAAAGGAGUUGCUGGAAUUGGAAAAACAGUCUCUGUGCAGAAGUUCAUCCUGGACUGGGCUGAAGGAGAAGUAAAUCAGGACGUCACCUUCAUGUUCCCACUUCCCUUUAGAGAGCUGAAUCUGAUGAAGCAGAACAAUCUCAGUCUGAUGAAACUUCUUCAUCACUUUUUCCCAGAAAUCAGAAAACUAGAAUCAGUAGACUGUGACUCCUACAAAGUGGUGUUGAUCUUUGAUGGUCUGGAUGAGUGUCGACUUCCUCUAAAUUUCCAGAAGAAUGAGAGAUUGUGUGAUGUGACAGAGUCAGCCUCAGUGGAUGUGCUGCUGACGAACCUCAUCAAGGGGAAUCUGCUUCCCUCUGCUCUCCUCUGGAUAACCACAAGACCAGGAGCAGCCAAUCAGAUCCCUCCUGAGUGUGUAGACCAGGUAACAGAGGUACGAGGCUUCAGUGAUCCUCAGAAAGAGGAGUACUUCAGGAAGAGGAUCAGUGAUCAGAGCCUGGCUGAUAACAUCAUCACUCACCUGAAGUCUUCAAGAAGCCUCUACAUCAUGUGUCACAUCCCAGUUUUCUGCUGGAUCUCAGCCACUGUUCUAGAGAGAAUGUUGGGUGGAGCAGAGGGUGGAGAGAUCCCCAAGACUCUGACUCAAAUGUACACACACUUCCUGAUCUUUCAGAUCAAACACAAGGACCAAAAGUACCAUCAGAAAUGUGACCCUGAUCCUCAGCAGACCAGAGAGAGUAUCAUGGCACUGGGAAAACUGGCUUUCCACCAGCUGGAGAAAGGAAACCUGAUCUUCUAUGAGGAAGACCUGAGAGAGUGUGGCAUUGAUGUCAGAGAAGUGUCAGUGUACUCAGGAGUGUGUACCCAGAUCUUCAGAGAGGAGUUUGGGCUUCACCUGGGGAAGGUGUUCAGCUUUGUACAUCUGAGUGUUCAGGAGUUUCUUGCUGCUUUAUACACAUUUCUCUCCUUUAUUAGCAGAAAUGUAACAGAACAUCAAACCUCUGCUCUGUCUGAUCUUUUCAGAAACCCAAACAUGUCUGAUCUCCUCAGGAGUGCAGUGGACAAGGCCUUACAGAGUGAGAAUGGACAUCUGGACCUGUUCCUCCGCUUCCUUCUGGGUCUCUCACUGGAGACCAAUCAAACUCUUUUACGAGACUUAAUGCCACAGACAGGAAGCAGAUCUCACAGCAAACAGGAAACAGUGAAGUACAUCAAGGAGAAGAUCAGGAAGAUUCCAUCUCCAGAGAAAUCCAUCAAUCUGUUCCACUGUCUGAAUGAACUGAAUGAUGAUUCUCUAGUGCAGGAAGUAAAAAAGUACCUGAACAGAGAAGGUUACAGACGUCUCAGUGACACCAGACUCUCUCCUGCUCAGUGGUCAGCUCUGGUGUUUGUGUUACUGACCUCAGAACAGGAGCUGGAUGUGUUUAAUUUGAGGAAAUAUGAUCCAUCACAUGAAGGUCUUCUGAAGCUGCUGCCAGUGGUCAAAGCCGACUGUAAUCUGACAGAGGAAAGCUGUAGAGUUCUGUCCUCAGUUCUCAGCUCAAACUCCUCCAGACUGAGAGAACUGGACCUGAGUCACAAUAAACUGCAGGGUUCAGGAGUGAAGCUGCUCUCUGAUGGGCUGAAGGAUCCACACUGUACACUGGAGAUACUGAGUCUGUAUCGGUGUAAUCUGACAGAGGAAAGCUGUAUAGUUCUGUCCUCAGUUCUCAGCUCAAACUCCUCCAGACUGAGAGAUCUGGACCUGAGUUACAAUAAACUGCAGGAUUCAGGAGUGAUGCUGCUCUUUUAUUGGCUGAAGGAUCCACACUGUACACUGGAGAUACUGAGGCUGUGUGGGUGUAAUCUGACAGAGGAAAGCUGUAGAGUUCUGUCCUCAGUUCUCAGCUCAAACUCCUCCAGUCUGAGAGAACUGGACCUGAGUCACAAUAAACUGCAGGAUUCAGGAGUGAAGCUGCUCUCUGAUGGGCUGAAGGAUCCACACUGUACA